GCUACUUUUAGCUCUUGCCUCAUUCUGCUCAGCAUAUAUUCGGGUGUUUUUUCCCGUUUUAUUGUGUGUUUAACUGCCGCUACAAUAAACGGAAGGAAACGAUAGACAACAAGCAAAGAAAGUUCGAAGGAUAUGACGAUGAUGAUAUUGAUUCCUGUCACGAUUUUGGUUGUUGCGUUACACUUUCCUGUCACGCAAGCUUACCAUAAGGACAAUGGUGGUGACGGAAUUACCCACCACCUGAAUGUCGUUCAAGAUGUCUGUCUGGAGCGAGGGAGUACUAACUUCAAUUACCUUCAGUAUCUGUUGGUUGGCCGUCACCCACAGUACCCCAAGAAACGUUCACUGGUCCAAUUUGAAAAUCUACCUUUAGAAUGUCCUGUGCACAAAAUUCGUUGGGCUAAGAUGUACCUUUACUAUGAAUACGCUCACAAACCCAGUUGGCAUCAUGUUUCCCGUUCUCCCUACACCUCCCGUCCAAUUCAAGUCCAUCUGGUCAAGAAAGCGUGGGCCGAAAGCCAAGCCACGAGUGCGAGGCGUUUGAAUGGCAUAAAUUGGUCUCAACCAUGGCUUGAUUUGAAUAACAAUGAUGCCGAGGCUACACCCCAGGACUGCGCGACCACCAUCUACACCUACCGACCAAGAGGCUUUGUCGAGUUUGACGUCACUAGGGCUGUACGUAGCUGGCGUAAAGGUACGCCUAACCAUGGCCUGUUGCUAUGGGCAACGGAUGAAAAUUUGGCGGGACGAGGUCUACGCUUCUGGAGCAACGCCCAUCCUGAUUCCAAGAAACAUGCAUUUAUUAAUGUCUUGUGCAACUACUAAAGUUUGGUCAACAGGUUACAAAAUUUUUCCGAACCUGUUCCGAAUCGUCUUCGAUAAAAAUGUUUUGAUCAUUAAAAAGCUAGCUUUAAAAAAAUCCUUCUUGAAAAUUUUAAAAUAAGAAGCAAAGUAAAUUCAUAACUUCAUAACUAGCACUCGUAUUAAGCUGAGGUCAGUUUUUAGAGUAAAAGCUGAAGUCUUUUAGAGCACCUAAAUGGACGCACUAAUACAUCUGAUCGAAAUAUGUCUACCAAUUCGAAUAAUUAUUGUUCUGCACUAACUUGCAACUGACUUGCCUCUCUUACAUGUGAGAACACUUUUAUGUUUCCACGUGAACACGAGUCUAGUCAGUCGCUAGUCAGUGUAGAACAAUAGUUAUUUAAAUUGGUCGCCAUAUUUCGAUUCCGUGUAUAGACAACAAGUAUAAUUUGUUUAAAGGGUGUAAGACUUAGUUCCUGAAUGAUCAUUAACUGAAAUAAAUAAUAAAAUAAUCAGUAGUUUAA